AACAAACCCGAACAGUUUUGUAAAUACCACCUAACUUCAUCUAAUCACGCUAAAAGACGGUGUCAUCUUACUUCACAACUACUAAAACCAAAAGCUGACUCUUCGUUUUCUUUUUCUAUAGUCUCCUAAGAUCUCUCAACCUCUGUUAAUAUCUUUUAUGGAUGAAGCCAAACCCAAACCCAAACCCAAACCCAAGAUCCAAACGGUUUUGUUGAAGAACAAGUCGACGAAGAAAAGAAAGAGAUGCUAAAGCUAAAGAGUCCACAAAAAGCUACCAUGCAGAUUACUAGAUGGGUUUCGGAUCUUGAUUGGCGUCUCCUCUUGUUAAUAAUCCCUUCUUUAUCUGUUCUUGUGUUUCUUUCUUUAUCUUCUACACCUAUCGACUCAUUUCCUUCUCUCCGAUCUUUUAUUUUCAACCAUACCCUCCUUACUUCUAAUUCACCCGAUUUCGUAAAUUCGCUGCCGAGUGGUGUCCAUAAUCGGAGGGAAUCGUCGGUGGCUAAGUGGAAAGAUGAGUUGCUUCGGUCUCGAAUGGCGGUGUGUUUGGUGGGUGGGGCCAGGAGGUUCGAACUCACUGGACCAUCGAUAGUGGAGAACAUUCUCCAAGUCUAUCCAAACGCGGACCUAUUUUUGCACAGUCCGAUGGACAGAAAUGCUUACAAGUUUUCAUUGUUAAAGAUGGCGCCCAGGCUGGCAUCGGUUCGAAUCUUCAACCCCAAACCCUUGAAUGAGACCGAGUCUCAAGUCCGAGUACUCACCGCCGCCAACUCACCCAAUGGCAUCCAGGGUCUGCUGCAAUACUUCAAUCUCGUUGAAGGAUGUUUGCAAAUGAUUGAAACGUACCAAAAAAGAAAAAACUUCACAUACGAUUGGAUAAUCCGAACCCGAGUUGAUGGAUACUGGAACGCUCCAUUAGGACCCGAGAAUUUCAUUCCGGGUCAAUACCUUGUCCCGCCCGGAUCGGACUACGGUGGACUCAACGACCGACUCGGCAUUGGCGAUCUCAACACGUCUAAAGUUGCACUUGCACGCCUCUCCCUUAUCCCCAAACUUGACUCGGCUGGGUUUCACCAACUCAAUUCGGAGACUUCAUUCAAAGCCCAACUCACCACCCAACACGUGCCGUACCUCACAAAACGGGUUCCGUUUUGUAUCGUGACGGAUAGAAGAUAUGGAUUCCCGCCGUCUCGGUUUGGUGUACCCGUGGCCGCGCUGUCUAGUCCGGGCCCACUGAGUGGGGCCAAGUGCAGACCUUGUACGGCCGCGUGUCAAGGGCGGUGCGUGGCUGGCGUUAUGCGAUCGCUCUAUAAAGGUUGGAGUUGGACGGACUGGGAUAAUGGGAGUCUUGAGUUGUGUAAUGCUCGUGACCAAUGGGAGAGAGGUUGGGAGAAGAUUUUUGAUAAAGUUGCUGGGAAGAAAUCUGCGUCUGUAAGGAAAAAAUUUGCGGAUUUAAAAAAGAAAGAAUGUGUUGAUGAUUUUAAUGAGAUGAAGAAACGGGUUUCUAACUGGGAGGCUCCGCCGCCGGAGGAAUUAUGUGGGCUUGGUUUAGCCGUUUAGGAUCUUAGAAACCAUGGGAUGGGGGGGGGGGGGGGGGGGGGGGGGCAGAGAUUGUUUCUGUAAAAAGCGAAAAGAAGAGGGGGUGUUUUUGGCUUUCUAAGAAAUUAGUUGUUGAUUUAUACCAAUAUAAUUUCACAUGUUUUAUUCUACCAAUAGAAGAAAGUAGUUAUUUAAUUAGUUAA